UUUUGGCCAAAUAAUACGUGUAAAACACCUAAUACUGUCGUAAGAGGUAGGCUCAUCGUCGGCGGUUUGUGGAAGGAAUGUUUUCAUGGCAAUUCUCUUACUAAAAACAUUUAGCACGCCAAAGGAAAAGUAUAUAAAAGCGGAUGUGCUGAAUCUCAAGCCUUUGCCAUCGUUCGACUCCCAUUUUCUUCUCCAUCUGCUUGCUCGUGAUGACCCACAACGAGCUAUGGUUGACUUAUCACCAAGCGUCACGCUGCAACAAGCCCGCGACGGCUCAGCUGGUCGAACUUGAGUUUCAGAACGAGAAGUUAACUGACUUGGAGGAUGUGCUCGAGCACCUAUUCUGCCAGGGAUUUGUCGAGGCCAAGCAUCGGUCUCUGUCAUAUUGGGAGAACCACAGCGGGCAACGACUCAACCCGAGUCAUGAUUUAGAAGAACUGCUGAUGGAAGGUGUAGGAAAAUGUCCCCAUUCUGCUCUUAGGCUGGUCAUUGCCGAUCGUCCACUCCAUUUGUGGUUUAGCUAUGUUUACACUCACAAGAGUGCGGCGCCUGCCGUGACGCAGCGCGUUAAGUUUUGCCAUGCGCAGGAGGCAAAGCUUGAAAUAAUAGCCCACCUUACCAACCACAUUUUCGGCAAUAGUUAUCUUCCCGCACGAUAUCGGACGGUGGUAACAUGGCAGGGUCCAUGUGGAAGGAAGAUAGAAGAACACGAGAGUCUCGACUCUCUGCUUACCGCAGGAGAGGGUCUUUCCGAAACUUCCCCCUUGCGUCUCAUGAUAGAUGCUGCUUGCCCCCAUACCGGAACGUGCCAUGCAACUUGUCACUAGGAACGAGAGUUGUUGGCCAUGUUAUGGAGGGAGUUGGGCUGGUAUAUGUUUCUCCUUAUCAUGCUCUGGCAGACACUGUCUUUGAGGUAUGGUUAGGAAUUACGAUUUUAAUGCCAGAUUGUGAACGAUUGCUGAAUGAAAAGCACUUUUGAAAGUC